AUGGCUUGUCGUAUUCAGCUCAGGCGUCCAUUGUUGAUGGGGCUAUGCUGCUCACUGAAGUCAGUCUCCGCUGAUCGGUAUGGGAAAAAAGUGGCACCGACCCUAUGCCUUGUCUCCAGAGAGUUUGAUUAUAUGGGCUCAGAAGUGGCAGUUGCAGCUGAGAAAGUUGUCCAUAUCUUUGGUCUAAUCAACACGAUGUUUUCCCAGCUCAACAUGACAAUUAUACUAACUUCUUUGGAGCUCUGGUCAGAUCAAAAUAAGAUUUCACUUAGCGGGGAUGCGAAUGAUGUACUACAAAGAUUUGUGUCAUGGAAAGAACAAUUUUUGUUUCAAAGGUCCCAUGAUAUGGCAUACUUAUUAGCUUACAGGGACCAUCUUAAUUAUGUGGGAGCAACAUAUCAUGGAAUGGCAUGCAAUCCAAAGUUUGCUGCAGGAAUUGCUCUGUACCCACAGAUGAUGACUUUAGAUGCAUUUUCAGUUGUUAUGGUGCAGUUGAUUGGAAUUAAUCUGGGAUUAACAUAUGAUAAUAUCUACAAUUGUUACUGUCCAGGAAUUACAUGCAUAAUGAAUUCUGAAGCAAUACGUUCCCAUGGUGUAAAGUUUUUUAGCAGUUGCAGCAUGGAUGAAUUUAAACGUAUGGUUUCACAGCCUGAAUUUGAAUGCCUUCAGAAUCGAACCGUUCCAAAAGUGGUUUACCAAGGAAGAACUGCAACUUGUGGCAAUGGAAUUUUGGAACCGCCAGAACAAUGUGAUUGUGGCCUUGCAGAGGAAUGCACUCAUAAAAAAUGUUGUAAUCCUGUAGAUUGUACUCUGAUUGGAUAUGCAGAGUGUGGCAAUGGACCAUGCUGUGAUAGAAAAACUUGUCUGAUAGCGGAAAGAGGACGUUUAUGUAGGAAAAUGACAGAUCCAUGUGAUUUUCCAGAAUAUUGCAAUGGAUCAUCUACAGCUUGUGUACCUGAUGUGAAAUCUGCUGAUUUAGAACCAUGCAAUAAUAAGACUGCCUAUUGCUUUGAAGGAGUAUGCCAAGAUCCAGAUAUACAGUGUGCAAAAUUAUUUGGAAAAUUUGCUAAAGUUUCUACUUAUCUAUGUACACAAGAAGUGAAUUUUCAACAAGAUGUUUUUGGAAACUGUGGAAAAAAAUGUGAUUAUGGGAAUGCCCUUUGCGGAACAAUAGUUUGUCACUGGACACAUUCAAAAAUAGUACUUAUAACAAAUUAUGAUGUUCAAUAUACUUACCUUGGAGGUCAUAUCUGUUUGUCAGGGUAUUUAAGACCUGAAGCAGGAGGUUUAGUUGUGGAUGCUUCCAGAAUGAACAAUGGCACUAUGUGUGGAGCAAAUAAGUAUUGUUAUCGUGGAAUCUGCCAAGAUGCCGAUAGCUACCCAAAUAGACCCAACUGUCAAUCAGAAAGAAAUUGCAGUGGACAUGGGGUUUGCAAUAAUUUGCUUAAUUGUCACUGUGAUGUUGGAUAUUCUCCUCCAAUUUGUGAACCAGCACCAUUAUCACCAGGAGGAAGUUAUGAUGAUGGGUUUUGGUAUCCAGAGCCUAAAGGUGAAAGCUUACUUAGAAAACGAUAUGCUGCUCCUCAAAGAAAUGGCCUCUUGAUCAGUUUCUACAUUUUUCUACCCAUCCUUAUUUUAACUGCCAUCGUCAUUUUUAAAUGGGAUAAAAUAAGAUUUUGGAACAGAGAGGGAACAGUAAGUGGAGAAUCUGUAUCAGAAGACGUCAGUAGUAACAGCAACCAGUCAUCAAGUUAAAGUGACUAAAUGAUGCAAAAAGCCAUAGGUUGGAGAAAGACUAUUACCAAGAC